UCUCGUGUCUCUUCUCUCAGUUUAUUCUUAAUUUUCUGAUUGUUGCGUUUGCUUGGCUUCACCUCUUGGGUGCAGAUCUGAUAUUAAUUAGGACGACAGAGCCUCGCAGAUUGUAUUUAAUCAUAUGUAUUUGCGUUAUACUCAACAGUCCUGUGCGUAACGGCAUCCACACUAUCAAUAUCCAUUCUAUCAACACGGAUGUCCAGCUUCAAGGAGAGGAUAUGUAUCAGGGCAUAAUGACAUCCAACCACGGACCCCACUCCUAUGAGGCCGGAUUUCUGCACAACGCCUCGACGGGCACCUCUCCGGUUUAUGUGCCCACCACCCGGGUCGUCACCCCCAUGAUGCCGGCGCUGCCUUACCUCCAGACGCCCGGUGCGUCGCAGCAGAGCAGCCCCGCGUCGAGCCACUCAGCUUGGGUGCAGCCGUGCGCCGACACGGUGCCCUCGUACAACCACUCCCCGGUGUCUCCGCGCUUCGCCUUCUCCACCAGCCCGCCUCUGUCCUCCGGGGUGGCCACGGCCCGGGACACGGUGGCUUCUUACAGCAGCCCGCUAAACAUCUCUGCCAACGGGAGGGAACACUACAGCGCCCGGAGCCUCAGCGGGUCGUAUCACAGCCCCUACCCGGCCUACAUGAGCCCGAACGUGGGUGGAGCGUGGCCUGCGUCCCACUUUGAUAGCCCGGUCCUCCACGGUCUCCAAACCGGUGCUCCUCAUGGCACAACACGGCACCCAAACAUAGACCUGUUUGAUGACUUUGCUGAGGGGCGAGAAUGUGUGAACUGCGGGGCGAUGUCGACCCCCCUCUGGAGGCGGGAUGGUACAGGCCACUACCUGUGCAAUGCCUGCGGACUGUACCACAAGAUGAAUGGCAUCAACAGACCUCUUAUCAAACCUCAACGACGGCUGAACUCUGACAUAUUUUAUAUGCUGCAGUCUGCCUCGAGGAGGGUUGGCCUGUCCUGCACCAACUGUCACACCACCACCACCACCUUGUGGCGACGAAACGCAGAGGGAGAGCCGGUCUGCAACGCCUGUGGCCUCUACAUGAAACUCCAUGGGGUACCACGACCCCUGGCCAUGAAGAAAGAGGGGAUCCAGACCCGCAAACGCAAACCCAAAAACUUCAACAAGUCCCAAGCUGGUGAGCUUCAAAACCACAUGCGCUUAGGGACCCCAGGCAGUGAUGGGACUCCAGUCACGCCAAGCAGCACUCCCAGGGCCUCCACCACCACUGAGGAGCCUCGACAGAUAAAGACAGAACCGGACACUCACAGCUUGUACACACACCACAGUGCACACGCACAGAUUUCAGCUCUGCCAGCCUACAUGGCAGCUCAAGGCGGGGCCAUUCCUCUCAAGAUGUCCCCUGGGGGCCACGGCGUGUCUUCUGGCUCCAAAGCUGAGCCCUGGAACAACCUCAUCCUGGCCUAGAAGACGUGCAACACAGCAUUUCAAACCGUACCGAUUAAACUCUCCAGAGAGACAAGCGUCUCCAGGAAGCAGACUGCCGCUCUUGGAUGCAGAUGUUCCUGCAGCCGCCACACCGUUCAGUGUCUUCAGUGCAACGCUUUGGGACAAAUGUUUGGGCGGCACGACAGAAAUGGAGAUCUUUAACAGAAGGGCACAGAUACUGUGCAUUCGAACCGCAGCGAUGGAUGGACUGAAUGGAGUUUGUUAAAGAGCAGCACUGUGAUUAAACAACUCUUGAUGUGAAAACUUUUUUUUGGUCACUCUACCAUGCCAGUAGAUGCCACAAAAAAAACUCAAAACAUCUUCACAGCCAGUGCCUCAGUCUCAGAGCAAAAGGAACAGAUACUGUAACAUAAACCAGUAACAAUAACAUUGAUGACCAGUCUUUAUCUCCCCGAGUUAUUUUUAUUCCAAUAUAUUUGUUUUCAAUUUCAUAUCAUUAGGGACAGUUUUGCUGAAAACAAUGAUGAACACACAAAUCAUGAAAAUAAUCACAACAGCACACCUUAAUGUCAAACGUCAAAGGGUCAGCUCACAAUAAGAAAAACAACUACUAGAUCUUCACACUUUCAUAUGGUAUUUUCCUCCAGAUAUGAAAUCACAGUACAAUGGAGAAGAAUGAAAAUUAUAUUUUAAAAAGCCAAAAGCUCUUUACAGAACAAACAAUGGGCCGGUUACAACCAACCUCCCUGUGGUCAGUUUUCAGUAUUUUGUACGUUUGGUAGAUGAUUUAAACUGUUCAAACGUGAUGCUGUCUUUAGAUUAUGUACAGUAUAUUAUUUGGUAAAGCACGUUGCUCUUAUGUCUUUUAAAGGAUUAAUUUAGCACCACACACAAACAUCCAGUCAUCUCAGCAGUAAUAGGGCGGCUCAGUCUCACCAGCAAUAUCUCAAAACUUAAGCAAAUAAAACGGCAAAACUAAAUACCAGUGGGGGUACAAAAAUAAUAUGUAUGUGAUUUGUAAUCCGGGUGAACUGACCCUUUACACACGUCCCAAAAUUGACACACUGAUUACGGUCACUUAUAUGUGAUACCAAUGAUUGUAAAGAACAGGUGACAUUUCAUCUAAUUGCACAGAGAAAAGCUAAUCAGGAGCAUUUAUCAUAAACUUACAGUAACACAUCCAUCCAUCACUCCUCAACUCCUGAGAAAUGACCUUCAGUAAACACGAUCUCCCACUCAGUGCAAUAGAAACAGUUCCCUGGUAGCUUUUUGUUCCUGGAUCAGUCCUAAACUGUGUGCCUUCUUGAUUUUAAAUGUAAAAUAAAUACAUGUCAGUGUGGACACUUCUAUGAAAAAAUACAUGAAAAACUACCUAUGCAGCAAGCAAGUUGCACAUGAUGAAUGUGGAUGGAAGUAAUUGUCCAUAUAGUUCCCUCUGCUGACACCAGAGCAGAUGUGCAUCCAUAAAACAGCUUAAUCAUCUUUAAUCCUGCUAGUAUUUAUUAUGAACUUCACAGCCCCAAACCACACAGUCAUCUAACUCAUAUAAGCUGAAGGUUGUUUGACUUUAUGUCGGUGUAUUGUAUCAAAACUGUACAGAUUAUUGCCAAUACUCAAUGCUUUAAUUUGCUUGUGACAAUCACGGGGCAACAUGUGUCAACGUGAGAUAUCGACACAUGCAAUUACCAACAAAUAUAUCAGCAUAUAUGUAAACAACUCCACUCCAGUAUAAUUGUAAUACACCAUUUGAGUUAUAUUGUAAGUAAAGACACGGUGAGAGAUGUACAUGUGGACUUUCUCAGUGUGCACUAACACUACCUGAUGCCCUUCCUCUGUGUGCAACUGUAGCUCCACUGAGGAAACUAAUAAAGACAAAGCAUUUUGACAUGAUGCAAAUGGUAUGUAUGAUAUAAAAGUUUGGUGUCAUUCACUCCAUAA